AUGGUUAGGUGUUUUGUAUGGAGAGCAGGUAGAAUCCCAGCUGUCGUGGAUCUUAAAUGCAGGGGCAUAAAUGUCCAAGAUGUUAAUUGUCAACUAUGUAAUCAAAGUCAGGAAACACCACAACUCCGUCGCACCCAACCCCAGGAGCAAAUUGCAAUGGGUGAUGCUAGCCAAUCUGGAUUCAAGCCUCCACCAGAAUUUCAGGAUGAUGCUAGAGCUCCUAUAGUUGAACCAAAUGCAUCAGAUUCUACUGAACUAUGGCUCAUACAAUGGCCUAAAGAUCAGAUUCCUGAUUUUGAUGGGCAACAACUCUCCUUGAACCUGAAUAAUGAUGAUGGGCAGUUGGGCAGUUUUGAAGCUUCAUCUGGAAAGUCGUAUGAUGUUGUCAGCCUUGCAGCACAGGAACCAAAAGCCAUGGUCUUUCUAUCUUGUGCAACAGAUUCAAAAAUUGUUGGUAAGAUUACAAGGCGAGUUUCGUUUGUUCGUUAUCUGGAGGCUGAUGAGGUGCCAAAAGAUGAUACAAAGAAGCUUAAACAGAUGUACGAAAGGUCAAAUGCAACUUCAUUGACUAAUUCUGGUCAUCAGUUUUCAACUCCUGCAAAGAGUACAAGAACAAGAGGAACUCAUAGCAGUGGGCAUAGAAGCUCUCUUUCUGAAGAAAAGAAGCAUCGCUCAAGUUCAAAGGAUUUGAAUUCCAGCAUGUCUUUGCAGGAAUCGGAUCAUUCUCAAGAGAAGAAGUCAAAAAAGAGAAAGAAACAUGUGGCUUAAAGUAUAUUAUAUGUUGAAUUUUGUUUAUUUCUUUCAACUUGUAAGACCAUUUUAAUGGGGGUAACAACUAAAAUUUUGGAGAUCCUCUGGUCCCUUUAUUCUUUAUAUACAUGCGAGCAACAUUUCUUUGGCUAU